UCCGGCGAAGAAAGCGCAAACUCGGGGAAAAACAAGAUGGCGAAGCAUCAUCCCGAUUUGAUUUUCUGUCGCAAGCAAGCAGGCGUCGCUAUUGGACGACUCUGUGAGAAAUGCGAUGGAAAGUGUGUGAUAUGUGACUCUUAUGUGCGACCCUGCACUCUUGUUCGAAUCUGUGAUGAGUGUAAUUACGGCUCGUAUCAGGGACGUUGCGUGAUCUGUGGAGGUCCAGGAGUGUCGGAUGCCUACUACUGCAAGGAAUGCACCAUCAAAGAGAAGGAUAGAGACGGCUGUCCGAAGAUAGUCAACCUAGGAAGCUCGAAGACCGAUCUGUUUUAUGAGCGGAAAAAGUAUGGGUUUAAAAAGAGGUGACGUCAGUGGAAUCUCUGCAUUUUGCGACUCGUUAAAUGCCACAACAUAUCCUUGCUACAGAAGCACUUACUGGGAAAUCUGUAACAUAGUUUUGUUCUUAAUAUCUGCAAAUGACAAUAAAAUUUGAUCAAUUUGAAUUUAC